AGCUUCGAUAUGCGAUGACAAAAGAUGGGAAUGAAGUAAGCGAUGAGAAGGUUGGUAUGCUUAUCCGAGCAGCUGAUGUUAAUCGCGAUGGUCGGAUCAGCUAUGAUGAAUUCGUCAAAAUCAUGACGGCUAACCUUAAAGCUGCGAUGGAAGACACUGAUUCGGAGGAAAAUAUGAAGCUACAAUUUAGGAUUUUCGAUAAAGACCGGAGAGGUUUCAUAUCUGCAGCAGACUUUCGACAUGUGUUGACAGGUCUUGGGAAGAACGUAACCGAUAAGGACAUUCGUAAUUUCAUCCGAAGAGCUGAUGUUGAUGGAGAUGGUCAGAUCAACUAUGGAAAACAAGUUUGCAUGAACUUGCAAAUCUCCCAGCUUCCCCAUGCAAUC